UCUCGCCAGCGGAUGAAUAUGCCUCUGAAUGGGCAUCAUCUCCUCCAUUACCCUAUAUACAAUGUACAGGGUGAGGCCCAAUUAGCUCGAGUGCAGCUGGUGGAACAUUUCAGUAUCGACAAGUUCUAGGCUCUCCCACUGCCACCUGCUCACCCCCGCCUCCAAGACCAGAAUCCUCAGCUUCGGAGGUCCUUCGCUUCUCCAACAAUCACUCUACGGGCCCUAGCGGAGCGGAAGUCCAAGUUGAUGUGAGAUUCGCUAGGUCUUCAAGUAUAGAGGCUUGAGACUGCUUCCCUAUACUUUACUACAUCCGCCCCGGCUAUGGCGGAGCCCUCCCAGGCCUUCAAUGGCCCCCGACGGCAACAAACCUUCCCGCGACAGCCAGAGGAACUACACAUCCCUGCGGCGAGCAGCUCAUUAGCUUCCAAUGGUCCUCGACCAGGCCAGAAUCAAUUUUCCUCUGCCCCUGAUUAUGGUGCGCCGUCAAUCAAUAUCCAACCUUCCCAAUUCUCCAGCCAUGCGAAUAACAACACCACUUCACUCCCGGGAGCAUUGCAACCGGGAUCCGGAAACCGACCAGGUCUUCCCAAUACUACUGGCCCGCCAGCGAUACAAAUGCUACCGCACCUGGCUACCCAACCUCUCUCUCCAAACACUCCUUCAAAAUCUGGCCAACAACAAGCUUUCUCCAGAUCCAGUCCGUCCACAUUUGAUCAACCGAAAUUCAACCAAGUAGGGAGCACGCCGGAUAAUGGGAAGUACAUUUCGCCAACGACAGGCACUUAUGCCACACAGACUCCGCAGGCGUCGUCUCCAUACUCGCCUUUAGGACUGGCUGAUAUCAGACCCCAUAUUGAUUCUGCAAUGUCGGAAGACACAAGCAGUACGGUGACAGGAGGUAAUAAUGGCGAUGCGCCAUAUUCCACAAACAGCAAUCACAUUGCCCCAUGGGCAGUAUACGCCUUGGACUGGUGUAAAUGGCCUCCUCCUCCAGGAGGAUCAUCGUUCGGAAAAAUCGCUAUAGGAAGCUAUCUUGAAGACAGUCACAACUAUAUUCAAAUUCUAAGCGCGCAGCGUGCUUCUUUAGAUGCCCCGGAAUCCCCUGACGGAAACCCGGGUUUGGAUUUUAUAAAGACUGCGGAAGCCACACAUUCGUACCCCGUGACCAGAAUAUUAUGGGAGCCACCCUCAUCUCAAAAGCAAUCAACCGAUCUAUUGGCGACUUCGGGUGAUCAUUUGCGGCUUUGGUCACUGCCGGCGGACUCGCACUCACAAUCCUACUUGAGUAACUCCAUCAAUCGAUCCAGCAAGUCGAGAAAUCAGCCCAUACAAAAGCUUUCACCUCUCGCCCUUCUUUCCAAUUCUAAAUCACCGGAACACACUGCUCCAAUAACAUCAUUGGACUGGAAUGUUGUAUCUCCAAGCCUAAUUAUCACUUCCAGCAUCGACACGACAUGUACUAUAUGGGAUAUUCCUACGCUAACAGCUAAGACGCAACUGAUUGCUCAUGAUAAAGAAGUCUAUGAUGUCAGAUUCUGUGCCAAUAGUGUUGAUGUGUUUGUUAGCUGUGGUGCGGAUGGGAGUGUUCGGAUGUUUGACCUGCGGAGCCUGGAGCACAGCACGAUUAUCUAUGAACCGUCCGAGAAGAAUGAGAAGUUAACUAACCCAGGGAAUCUUACACCACCCUCUCACAACGCCCCUUGGCCCCCGCCAUUACUACGGAUAGCUGCCUCCCCCCAUGAUGCCCAUCUCCUUGGCACCUUCUCCCAAGACUCCAACGUAAUCCGCAUACUUGACGUACGACAACCCGGCCAAGCCCUUCUCGAAUUAAAAGGCCACGCAGGCCCGAUAAAUUGUAUCGAAUGGUCUCCCACUCGACGUGGCACCAUCGCCUCAGGUGCAGACGACUCUCUCGUUUUAAUAUGGGAUCUUAUCAAUCAAAGCAACGCCGCAACCGUACCACCCGCUCCACCUCCCCCGAAUCAUAGUAGCACCCCCAAUGCGCCCACUACUGUUGAGCGUGGGCCGGCUGCCGCUUGGCAAUGCGAAUAUGAGGUUUCGAACAUUAGCUGGGCACCGCAUGCGAGUGGUGGCAUGGCCGGGGCUCCCGGGGUUGGCAGGGAUUGGGUAGGGGUGUGUGGUGGUCGUGGGUUGUGGGGAGUAUCGAUAUGAAGCUUUUCUUUCCAUGACUAUCUUUUCCUUUAUCUUUCGAAAAGUUAGAAGCUGGAGAUAUAUCUUCAGAUUUCUCCCGGUGGGGGUGAAGAAUGCGUUUCCUGUGGAUGGAAGAAGGUAACGUAUUCAUGGUUAUGUGCAUACAUACAUACAUACCAAAUAGGGCCGAUAUGAUAUAUUUUUAUAUUCUUUGGUCGACUCCGCUAUAACAUAGGCUACCGCUGUCUCCAACCGCAAAUUGGCGGUUGCCCUGUCUUUCCCUUCGGUUGAUACCAGCCCUCCGAUGGUUAAAUUUGUCCUUUUCAGGUGCAUAAUCUGCCGUAUAUGUUUCAGGUUCAGAUCGGGUUUGAGAAACAGACCUUUUUUUUAGGACGGAAUAUAAUGAAUGACUCAUGAAAG